AUGUCUUGCGAGCAGCGCUACCUUAAAUCAUCCAGAGUUGGGAUUAUAGGGGCUGGUAUUAGUGGAAUUGCCGCUGCUAAACAGCUCUCCCAUCAAAAUCCAAUUGUUUUCGAGGCCACUGAUUCAAUAGGUGGCGUUUGGAAACAUUGUUCAUUUGCCUCCACCAAACUCCAAACCCCUCGAUGUGACUUUGAGUUCUCGGAUUACCCUUGGCCCCAAAGGGAUAAUUCGAGUUUCCCUUCUUACCUUGAGAUCCUGGAUUACUUGCAUAAUUAUGCUACGCACUUUGAUGUGUUGAAGUUCAUCAAGUUCAAUUCCAGGGUGGUGGAGAUUCGGUACAUAGGUGACCGAGAAACAACCAACUUGGAUAUGGCGCCUGGAGAGUUUGGAUCUCUUUUGAGAGGCCAUCCUGUCUGGGAGGUCGCUGUGGAAACUAAUCCAUCAAAAACUGUUGAGAUGUAUGCUUUCGAAUUGCUGGUGGUAUGCAUUGGCAAAUAUGGGGAUGUACCAAGAAUGCCAGUUUUCCCUCCCAACAAAGGCCAAGAAAUUUUCGGUGGGAAGGUUAUGCACACCCUCGAGUACUCUAAACUUGAUAAAGAAGCCGCCCGUGAGUUGUUGAAAGGAAAAAAAGUUGCUGUUGCCGGCUAUAAGAAAUCAGCCAUUGAUUUAGCUACCGAGUGUGCAGAGGCAAACCAAGGACCGGAUGGACAACCAUGUACAAUGGUGAUAAGGACUUUACAUUGGACCGUUCCAGCUUACUGGAUUUGGGGUUUGCCCUUUUUCUUGUUUUAUUCAACAAGGUCUUCUCAAUUUCUCCAUGAAAGGCCAAACCAAGGGCUGCUCAGGAAUUUGCUUUGCCCUCUUUUGUCUCCCAUGCGAAAAGCAGUUUCCAAGUUCAUAGAGUCGUACUUGGUGUGGAAGCUUCCACUAGUGAAGUAUGGACUGAAACCAGAUCACCCAUUUGAGGAGGAUUACGCCUCCUGCCAGAUGGCUAUCCUACCUGAAAAUUUCUUUCCAGAGGCAGACAAGGGAAAGAUAUUGUUCAAAAGAGCAUCGAAAUGGUGGUUCUGGAAUGGUGGGCUUGAAUUUGAGGACAACACCAAAAUAGAGGCUGAUGUUGUACUCCUUGCUAGUGGUUAUGAUGGGAAAAAGAAGAUCCAGGAUCUUCUGCCUGAACCUUUCUUGAGUCUGAUAGUAGACUCCUCUGGGAUCAUGCCUUUAUACAGGGGCACAAUCCAUCCGCUGAUUCCAAACAUGGCAUUCGUGGGGUACAUUGAGAGUGUUUCGAACCUGCAUACAGCAGAGAUAAGAUGCAAAUGGCUGUCUCGACUGGCUGAUGGUCUAUUCAAGCUUCCCAGCAUUGAGAAAAUGCUUGACCAAACUACCAAAGAAAUGGAGGUCAUGAAGAAAACAACUCGUUUCUACAAGAGACAUUGCAUUUCUACUUUCAGUAUUAAUCACAGCGAUGAGAUUUGUGAAGAGAUGGGAUGGAAAUCCUGGAGGAAGAAUAACUGGUUCCUGGAAGCUUUUGCUCCUUACAACAGUCAAGAUUAUGGAGAAGACAAAUAA